AUGCAACCCUCCCAGAGCAUCGCCAUAGCAGGCGCCAGCGAUGUCUCCAAAUACCUCAUCGAGGAACUCCUCCUCAUCCCCAACCGACCACGUAUCACGCUCCUCACGCGCUCCCUGACCAACAGACCAUGGUUCACCUCAAACCCGCACAUCACCAUCCGCGUAACAGAGUACACCGCGCCAGCGCUACAAUUCGUCCUCGACGACAUUGAAGCCACCGUUCUUCUGUCUUUUCUCCACUCCAAUGACACGGGUGUCUACAACACCGCCCACGAAGCCAUGUACCAAGCGUGCAGAGCGAGUCACACCUGUCGCCGCUUUGUGCCCUCUGAUUAUGGUGGGGAUAUUGAGCGUUUCCCGGGCCUGCCGAGGUUCUAUGAUGCGACGCAUCGCGCGUUCCGGGAGAAAGUCCUCGAGAGCGGGGAUGAUGAUGAUGAUGAUGAUCGCGUGGAGUGGACUGUUGUUAAUGGCGGGUGGUUCAUGGAUUACUUCGCUCAAGGAAGUGCCGUUGAUCCGACUGCUCUUGCUUAUCGGGAGUUAGACGAGAGCGAGGGAGGUGAGGUGGGUACGGCGCCGUCCUUCGACCCGACUAGGGUCCGGUCGUAUAUGAAGCCACUUCCGGGCAUCUGGCCGCUUGACCUUGAUACUUUUUCGGCGGUUAUACCAGGUACCGGAGACGAGCCGAUCGGAUGGACGGCUGCGCGGGAUGUUGCGAAGGCGCUGGUAAGGCUUGUUCAAGCGCCGCGAGGGACGUGGGAGAGACACACGUAUGUUGUGGGUGAGAUUGGGACGUGGAAUCGGGCUGUGGAUACAGUGGAGAGAUUCUUCGGGAGAAAGAUUCAGGUCUCGAGGAAGUCUGAGAGUGACAUCUUUGCUGCUGUGCAGGAUGAAUCGCUGGGGCCAGGGGAGCGGGCCAUUGCGUUCAUGGACGAGUGGAAUGUGACGGGUGCUAGUGCGGUGCCUAUGGAUAGGGUUCUAACCCAGCGCGAUAUGUUCUUCUCUGAUGUGACGUUUCGAGAUGUUGGGACUUUUUUGAAGGAUGCUUAUGAGCGGAGCUUCGAUCGCUCCGCAAUGGGUCACUAUCGGGUAGUGGAGGUGCGGGGGUGCGCCAAGGAUCUGGGGUAUCAAACACGGGCGCCAUCGACCAUCAACCAAGAUUGGCCGCCACGGGCGGGGUAG